ACGUCCCUGAACUGAUACCGUUAUACCUGGCGGAGCGUUGAACCAGAAACCGGUGCAGUGGAACCACGACCGUCAUUUCACGAUAUACCACCGAGUGUACCUGAGUCCAAAAACAGUAAAAAGUUAUUUGCAUGUAAACUUUUAUUUUGCCUGUGAAGAUGUGUAAAUGACGACGACACAGUAGGACAUGUAAUUCUUUGCGUAGAAUUUCGUAAAAUUUCCGACCAGGACAAGUAAUUGUCCACGCGAUUAAUCGAUAGUGAUUCAAAAUGGGUAUUUUGUGACCUGUUGCUUUAGAAGAUAACAUGGAAAAAGCGAAAGAAAAUGGAUUGUAUAUGCAUGAUCCGGGGUAUAAAAGUGUUAAAACUAAGUUUUGGGCUUAUUUUUUUUGGUUGUUCGGUGGACUCUUUGGAGCACAUCAUGUGUACCUCGGCAGAGACGAUCAGGCAUUCGUGUACAUCAGUACAUUCGGCGGUUAUAUAGGUUGCGGUUUUCUCAGGGACAUUUAUAGGAUACCUGCAUACGUGGCCGAUGCGAAUAACGACGCAAGGUUCAUCGAGGAUUUUAAACGAAAAGUCAGAGCUAAUCGAAAGCCGCCGUUUUCCGCAGUGCGAUUUGCGGCGCAAGCUGCGGUUGCUUACUUAUGGGCCGAGCUAUUCAACAGUGCGAUCCCGCAGGAAGAAGUGUACGGUAUUAAUUUCAGAUAUCUGCUGAUUCUAGUACCGGCUGUGAUCGCGUUAGGUGUAUGGACGGUCGGGAACAUUGGGAGAGAACAAGGUUCGAUAUGGAUAGCUCUUGUCACAUCAUAUCUGUUUUAUCCGACCUUAUAUUACAUCGCCGACGAUACCAUGUGGAUCUUCCUCAUGGUGGUUACCUCGAGUCUCAGCUUCGACACUUUCAGCAAGCAAUGGCGGCUAAAACCGAAAAAAAGAAGAAGCUUCUUCCGACGUAUAGCCUGCUUAGGCUUAGCUCUCAUGCUCUACUUCGCCGUAAUCGGUAGCUACUUAUACUUCAACGCGGUUAUUACGGAUAGCGAAGGCGAGGAGAUCAAACUGUCGGAAGCGGUGCAACAUUUUCUCACUUCGCCAAUUUGGACAGAUCUCAAGGCGAGUUUGGAAGCGACGUGGAACCAGGCGAGACAUCAAGGCUUCUGGGCAACGUGGGCGCAACUGGUGGACCUCACGGAUCCUCGAGGCGAGAUAAAUGCCUACAAGAUCCUGGGUCUCUCACAAACCGCUUCGCAGAACGAAGUCACGGCACGAUGGAGAAGUCUAUCCAGGGAUAAUCAUCCUGACAAGGUUAAAGGUUCAGAGGAGGAAAGGCGCAAGGCUCAAGAAAAAUUCAUGGAAAUCCAACAGGCGUAUGAAAUCCUGUCUCAAGCGAAGAAUCGCCGGCAACGACGAAAUCGUCGUUCUGAGAAAUGAGCGUACUUUUGAUUCAAAGGAUUAAUAAAAAACAAAGACUCGACAAAAGAAUCUCCAAAUACGCCAAUCUCUGUGUUUCAACUAUGUAUAAUCAAAAGACAGUAACUUUAUUAAUAAGAUUAAUAAGACAUUUAUUUAAACAACCAUCUGACAGUAACUGCAUCGAUAUAAAAUCUUGUACGUAAAACGCAUGUAUUAUAAGUUAGGGGGAGGCCUGCGACACAUUAAUCGCAAGUCCAUUCGAUUAUCUUUAACUUUAAUCGGUAAGAAACCCCUGAAGCUUCGCUUCGGCGCGUGCUUCAAGUUAAGCUCAUAUCAGAUUAGAGAUUAAGAUUGAAUUAAAAUUUGAUCAAUCAAAACAAAGUUCACUAAACUUGAUAUAAUUUUCUUUCUUCUAAUUAGUUAAAACCCAAUCCAAUCAUAAUUUCAAUUUCUAGUCUGAUACGAGUAUUACACAUUCACGUUUCCUGGAAAAAAUCGAGAUUCCAUUUACCGAGGUUGGGAAAGAGGUAACUUUCACUAUCACGAUUAACGCGAUCUCUCGAUUGUAACUUUGCGAUCUUCUAUCUCUAAAUCGCCUUUGCGCGCACGCAGCAAACCUUGUUUCGUCACAUCUCGCGCGCAAUCCAUUAUAAAUCUAAACUAAAAAUAAGAUUCGACCGUUCCAAUGUUUAUGCGUCCGACCAUGGCGGCUGUUUACAUCGAAAACAAUCUCGAAUACGAGGACUAUAAACAUAACUUCAACGGCAGCUGCCGACUGGAUCGUGGUUGAAUCGGGAACGAUCGAAGUUUCGAAGGUCCUCCCUUUUGAUCUCGCAAAACGUCCUUUCGGGUGAAAUGCAUCGCUAAUAUUUUUUGGCGAGGUAAAAACGAACAACCUACGAUCUACUUGAAGCACCGCGGCUCCGAACGAUCGGCCAGGCAACAGCGGAAUCGGAUAAUAUGUAAAUGAUCUCAAAUGGAUCAUAAAUACUCUGUCCAUCUCGCUGCUUUAUGUCAAACAGACUCGAUUAAACCUUUCAAUCUCCACUCGCGUGUGUUCAAUGCCAAACGGACGACUAAACGCGGCCCGUAAUUUUAAUCGCGAAAGCUUUACAUUCGACUACUUGCUCUUCUUCUUCGAGCGUGGCGGCUUUGCCAUGGAGUUCUCGAUCUUAUCCGUAAAAUUUGUCCCGUACUUUUCAGACGUUUUCUCCAGAAAAUCCUGCUGCGAAACCAACGUCACCCUGAAAAAUAGCACAAAUUUUUAUUUUCUCUUUUGAGUUUACGUUUACUUUAGAAUUAAAAUUAUCGAACGUGAUUUAAAGAAAAUAUCCAAUUAAUAUUUUAAUGUUAUCUAUUUCUUCUUGAGGCUGCUUGUAAUUUUCUACUAAACGUCAAAGACAUUGCAAAGUUUGUACUCAUUGAAAAAUGUGAUUACAAAGUAUUGAUCGGCAUGACUCAGAAAG